CAACGCAUAGCUCAGCUUCAAGGAAAGCUGAAUGACAUACACCUGCACACCACAGCUACCAUAUCAUAUAGGUUGAAACUCAAAACAUACACCCAGGGAAACAAGGCAGGGAAAGCAAUGGCAGCACUUCUGCGACAGAAACGGCAAAAUGCAAAAAUCCCAUUUAUAUUGAACGCUAUAGGCAAUAAAAUGUAUAGCCCACAUGAUAUAAACAAUGCGCUGGCAGACUACUAUGACACUCCCGAAGGAAAUAGAUGA